GGCGAGAGUGUACUUCUCGUUCCUGCCAUCGCCCUUUCUUGCGUCUACUCGAGUCGAUUGUCAAGAUCUUUGUGAGUCAUUCGAUGACUGAUGAACGGAAGGCCUUGACAUUCUUAACCUCACUCCUCUCCUCCUUCUCGCUCUCUUCUGUACAUUCAACAUAAUCUCAGCUGCAGUCCAUCCUUCAACCGUCGAACGAUAUGGCGGCGUCCAAGAUGAUCGAGUCACAAGCUCCAGAGAACUGCACGAAGUCCAGGGAUCAGACCGUUGCCUUCCUAACAAGACUCCCACAGGAGCUCCGCGAUCUCAUCUACGACGAAGUUUUCGCCGCAAAUUCGGAGCAAAAGAUCCCUCAUCCGUUGACGCAGACAUGUCAAAGCGUCGCCCGCGAGUCCACACUUCGCUUGCGACGCUACUUCUCCCCUCGAACGACUCUCCAAAUUGAAUGCAGACAUGCUUCGAUGCCCACAAGUUGGAACACCAGCUUCUAUACAUCUGCAGCAAGAGGAGAUUAUCUGAAACUGCCUGGAUCCCCUACGCUGUCACCAUACUACUCGAGAUGGAGUAACUUCCGCACCUUGGCCGAACGAGAAAACAACCUUCUUGCGAACAUAGGAUGUGUCUACAUCAGAAUGGUAUGCUAUCGCAAUCUGGCGUUGAGUAUCCAUUUCAGCAAGGAUGCACCGACCACGAUUCGUGUGCAUAGGGCCCUCUACUCGUUGCCGAUGCCUCUCGAGGGCGACCAUACCCGAUUCUACCUUGAUCCCAUCAUCAAGAGCACACAUGAGGCUCCAGCAACCUGCUCAGUAGCUUGGAUCGAAACCUUGAUCACCAGCAUACGAAUGCAAUGUGACCAGAUAUUUGCAGAGACAAACUACUAUCCGUUGCACGAAGUCCUGACUGAAAUGCACACGCGAAGACCGCAUCAAAGAUGCAUAGACACACGUGGACUUGGACUUGGACUUCAGCUCAAACCCCAAAGAUCCAUAGACGCAGGACUUGGUCUUGGACUUAAGCUCAGACCCCUCGGUGAUGGAACAUCGUAUCCACCCAAACGAAUCACCAUGAAAAAGUUGGAUAGAUUGCAGAGAGAAAGAGAGAUUGAGCUCAAACGAUCAGAGGAUGAAGAGCGGUGGAAACAGAGAGGGGGAAUCACAGAGCGGAGCAGGCGACUUGCAAAUGAAGAUGGGGAAAGGGUUAGUAGGAGAGCGAAAAGAAUUCGCCUAUUCAGUAUUGUGUAGAUCCACCGGGAUGCUGAAAUAUAGUUUUCCAGACUCCAUGUAGCUGACCUACGACAAGUGUUUCUCGUCUAUAGAGUACGAUAG